AUGCUGCGCUGGUUGGACAUAGAGGAGGGUCGAGUCUACACUCUUGCAGGACAGUUCUUCCCAGGAGUGAGAGGGGACUUUGGUUCGGCCUUCAAUGCACAGCUCUCCACACCGCUCGGUCUUGCUUUGGACCGGGAUCACACGUCGCUCUACAUCGCGGACUACGGGAGUGAUCGGGUUCGCAAAAUUGACUUGACGCAGGACCCUCUCAACAGAGGUAUCAUUGAAACAGUCGCCGGGAACGGCUUUCGGGGCUUCUCCGGUGAUGGCGGGCCAGCACGGGAGGCACAGCUGAAUGGACCUUCAGGCGUGGCUGUGGACCUGAACCAGAUGCUCUGGAUUUGCGAUAGUGGCAACAAUGUGCUCCGUGUGGUGUCCAUGGAAAUCCCGGUCAGGAUUCCAGGCAGCAACGAGUUCCAAGCCAACGUCAUCCUGACAGCUGCCGGGGGCUCCACUGGACAAAGCCAGGGCAAAGGCGACGGCGGAGUGGCCUGGCGGGCACGGAUGCAGGGCCCUUCCGGGGUUGCAGUGUCUUCCGCUUUCGUCAGCAACGAGGACGGCACGCUGCCUGUCAACGUCUACAUUGCGGAAAGCAUGGGCCAGCAGGUGCGAUCCAUGUCGCUGGAGUUUCAGAGCUAUCUGGGCGUGAUCAACACGCUGGCUGGCUCUGGCCAGCGUGGGAACGACCUCCAGGAGGGGCUGCCGCUGGAGGCCCCCAAUGCAGAGCUCAACGAGCCAAGCGGGGUGGCGACGGAUGCAGGCCUGGUCUACCUUAGCGACUCCGCCAACAACCGCCUCUUGAUGAUGCCGGCAUUGGAGUAUGUUUCGAUGGGCUGCUGGCGUGAGAACAUUGAGUCGCCAUGGAUUCCAAGCAUCGAAGGCGAGCCACUCCCCUGGGGCAUCGAUUACCUGCAGGGUAUCCCCGAGAACCGACCUGCGGCCAUCACAGCGUGCGCUCUGGCCACGCUGCGGUUGGGCUAUGAGGUGUUCGCCAUUCGUCAAAUGGGGGUGUGUGCCACCUCAAAGGAUGCGCAUCUCUACUUUCGGUUGUGGCCUAAGCUUGAGUUGUUGUUCGCACUCAUGGAAGUCUGUGGAGCCAGCAGCAACGGAUAUCCGAAGACUUCUUCGGGGCGGCAGAGUGAUGUACACGAAGAGCUUCAGUUCGAAGAACAAGAGCUGAAGUUGGAAGGCUGUCGAGCAUCCACGAGUCUUCGGUGA